AAAGCUCAGGCAGUCAGGCCUCAGGUUCAUCUCCUCCCUCGGUUUCUUAAACCUUUCCCUUCUCACGGACUCUCUCCUCCCUUGCUCUUCCUUCCCUUUGCUGGCGGCGACGACUUGGCGAGCGGCGGCGCCAUUUGUCACGUCUUCGCCAAGCCCUUUGCCGGCGACGAGCAUCCUCCAGAAGAAGAGUGUUGCUCUCCAGCGUAGGCGUGGUAGCUUUAUAAAUCGAAAUGAGGGAGGGUUCCCAGGAUAUUGAGAGCAAGGAAAAGGUGCAGUCACUGGUACAAGGUGGUAAUGAAGAGCAAGCUGAACAUCUAAAUACAAGAGUCACUGGUGCACAUGGAGGAGAUUCUGGUUCGUUAUCAGCUUCUAGUAAUGAUAAUAAGAAGGUUUCUCGUGAAGACAUUGAACUUGUUCAGAAUCUUAUAGAACGUUGUUUACAGCUAUAUAUGAAUAAAGGAGAAGUUGUUAGAACUCUUUCUAAUCGUGCACGAAUAGAACCUGGUUUCACAACGUUAGUUGCCUCACAAGCUUAUAUCUGGACUGGUGUAAUGGUGGCAUACAGCGACCUACUUAAAAAGAGUACUGUCCUACAUUUGAAUUUUUUUAGUUCGGCGACCUUUAUGAUCUCCCAGUUAAGUUUCAUGUUCUCCAGUGUCAUUUGAUAUAUAUAUUUGCUCAAUAGAUGCCCUAUGCUCCUUUAGGCUGUCACCUGCAAGAGCAGCACCUGCUUUGCUUACCCGUUUCAAGUGGUAUUACCAUAUUGUACCUGGCUCUUCCCUCUCCAGAAACCACUUUGUGCUAUUGCCCCCUACUUUACAGAGUUGAAGCCUAUGAACUGCCUGAUUAGACAUCUCAAUGAGGGCAAUGGUGCAAUUGUCCCUUUAAAGAAUGCAGAGUAUGAGAGAAAAAUGUAAUGUGACUGGGGAUGAAAUGGAACUGGCUACCAGCUUGAGUGCUUCAGAGUUCAGAGAUCAUCACCAAUGUAUCAAUCUGGAGUUUGCAAGCAAUUCCUUUUUUUUUGGGGGGGGGGGUGUUAAUUACAGCAAUUUCAAAAUCAUUCCACAUCAAGCAAAUAAAUGAUUCAUAAGAUGGGAAGCAAAAUGUUGGCAAAUCUUCUUGUCACAACUGCAUAAAGUCUUGCAAUUUAACACUAAAUUUGAACUGAGCACUUGCAUGGGUUUGUUGCGAAACCUUCUGAAGAUUUAUUAUAAAUUAGCUAAUGCAGCUUGGAUAAACAUGUGAAAGUGUGGCAUACUUUUGGUCACUUUUCACAUGUUGACUGAUUUCUUCUUUCAGAAAUUGAUUCUUCUUUGCUUUGCUUUGUCUCAUUGUGGAUUGAUUUCUUCUUUUGGAAAUUGAUUCUUCAUUACUCUGCUUUGUUUCUCAUUAUUGAAUACAAAUGG